UAGGAUGCUUGGUGGAUUUUCGCAGGAGGAGAGCACUGUUUGACCUUAGUUUCGCCUUAAUGGUCGUAACUAGCUAGUUGUUUGUGUAGUUCCAGUUGAAGAUUAACUCGGUGACUUAAAUAAAUAUUUUUUUGUCGAAACGGAGGACGCACAGGACGUAACAACCGGCAAAAUGAGCAAAGUACAAGGGGGCAUGAAAUGUGUCAAAUAUCUUCUUUUCGUCUUCAAUUUCAUAUUCUGGCUCUCGGGUUCGCUGGUGUUGGCAGUGGGGUUGUGGCUGAGGUUUGAUCCCAGUACAACCUCAUUCUUGAAUGAAGAUGGAGUUCCAGCCUUUUUUAUAGCCGUGUAUAUUCUGAUUGGAGUGGGAGGCAUUAUGAUGUUGGUGGGCUUCUUUGGCUGCUGUGGAGCUGUGAGGGAAUCGCAGUGUCUUUUGGGAUCGUUCUUUGCCUGUCUUUUGGUAAUUUUUGGUGCAGAAGCUGCUGCAGGAGUUUUUGGCUUCUUGAACAAAGAUAAGAUUAUUACUGAGAUCACUAUCAACAAAGUAGCUGACAACAGCAGCACCACAUACCAGGACAUUCUUAAGUGCUGCUGGAAUAGAAAUAACCCUUCAUUGUGUCCUAAUGCUGACUCUGAGCCCAAGGACUGUACUAAAGCUAUCCAUGACUUGUUCAAUGAAAAACUCUUAAUCAUUGGAUAUGUGGGUAUCGGUAUUGCAGGACUUAUGAUAAUUGGCAUGAUCUUCAGUAUGGUUCUAUGCUGUGCUAUUCGGAACAACCGGGAAGUAAUUUAGGUGGUAAAGGGCUCUCUUCAAGAAAGACUGUCUUGACCUCACUGAGACAACAAAUCUGGUUUUGAGAAUGAUGAAAGCUCAAAUCAGGCAGUGUGUUGUAAGAUAUCGUUUCAAAGUUCUAAUUUUAUUGGUUUGUUUAAUAAUAUUCAUUGUGUGGACUGUGCCACCAAUUCAUGAAUUGUCAAUGUAAUCAUAUUAAUAACUUUUGACCUUAUUUUUUGUAUUUUAUUUAUCUGGAAGAUUUGUACAAUUACAUGUUUAUGGGUAGUAUAAGAAUUACUAAGUACAAAAUCUCUUAGCAUUGGCAAACUUCCAUUGAUACUCUUCUCUUCUCACCUUUCUAUGCAGUUUGCUGCUGGAUUGGUACUGUAAAUACUGUAUGUAAAAAAACAAGCAAACUACUGAAUCCUUUCUCCUCAGCUGCUUGUAAUAUUCAUUACAUAAAUCUAGCCUGUCUGCUGUUGUAAUUGGUUGAGUUUAGAUGAUGAAUCAUGCUCUGUAAACAAGCUGUUUGCAUGUGAAUUAUGGUCAUCCCUGUUGGAAAGCACAAGCUGAUGUAUCAUGACACCAUAGUUCUAAAAUGAAGGCAGCUAUAAUAUUUGAUAGCGUUACAAAAUUGCACCUCCUUACACUGACACACAGGCCAUCGGUUACUUGUAGUAGUCUGUGAAUAUUUUAACUGUUAAUCCUUUUGCUUAAGGACUUCAACUUAGUUAAGACUAUUGCCUGCAAACACCCUUUGCAGGUUCGAGUGCCAUCUUCAUUAUUUUGAAGCUAAAAAUUGCUUUGUCAUCCGUGUGCAACUACAUAUUCUUUGCAUAUCACUGAUACUAAACUGUCAAAAUAAGGAGUGCCAGGUUUGAAUGCUCAAAGUGAUAUGGCUAUCAUAAGGUUUCAAAGCUCUCCUAAGAUCACUGCUUGUUACUCCUUACUCAAGUCACAUGAACACAACUGUGUAUCGACUGCCUCUCUGGACAUUUGUGCAGACUUAAACAGCACAAGCCUUUUGAUAUGGCUCUCCUGCCUAGAUAUGCUGUAAACUGUAAUCAUAAAGAUACAUAACUGUGUAUUUUGCAAGUUUGAGAUGCCUCCUAAAUCAAAAUUUAGUUAUUUAGGUCAUAUUCAAAUGGUUGCCGGAUGCUUAAAAGAAUCCAGUUGUAAUUUCAGUUUUGUAACAAUAUCUAAAUAUAAGCUGCUUUAAAAAGGCAUACACUGGUCCUCCUCAAAUAGUGACUACAAACUGGAAUUGUGAAGAAAAAUAACUUGUUUAAAAUCUUUAAUUCAAA